AGCUGGAGGCAGCAGCAAGUUAAGCAGCGCUACAGGACAGGAGCUACAUCUCUCAGGAGAAACGCAUUGAACAGAUUGAUUCAGCUCCUCGCCUCUGCUCCUCUGUUUCUCUUUUUUUUUACCUUCAGUAUUUUUUUGCUCAGAUAUGAGCUGCUAGCCUAGUGAAUCCAGCAUGCCAGUAAUGGAUGGAUUAAUGAAUACAUGUCUGAGGGCUCCAAGGAGGAGGAGGAAGAGUUGCUUGCAGGAAUCUGCAGCAACAGGUCUGUAAGGAUGGCAUGGAAAUGAUGGUAACAUGCAGGCUUCUAAACGCCUGACCCCAUUUGAGGAGAGAUGAGGCACCUAGAUGUGGGCUUACCAUGAGCAGCGUCCACUUCAACCACUCCCUUACUGCCAUGAGCGGAAACGACAUAAUGGCGCACUCUCUGACUCUGGAGCAGAAGACAGCAUUUGCUUUUGUGGGGAUGCUGCUGGUGUUCUUGGGACUGCUGAUAAUACGCUGCUUCAGGAUCCUGCUGGACCCUUACAGCAGCAUGCCCUCCUCCAACUGGGCCGAUGGCAUCGAGGGGCUGGAGAAAGGGACGUUUGAGUACGCCCUCACUUAACGAUGGGAACUCACUCACACACAACAUGAAAAAAGACACCCAAGCCUGCACAACCAGGGCUCUUGACACUCUAUUAGGUCAUCUCCUAGUGAUGCACCGAGCUCAAGCGCCGAAGCUGUGUGUAUUCUUUGAUGUAUGUGAAUUGCUAGGCCAGAAUGCCUCCACUGUAUGUGAGUAUAUGUGAACUGUGUAUGUGUGUGUGUGUGUGUGUGUGUGUGUGUGUGUGUGUCUGACUGAAUGUGAGACAGACCCCGUGUCACAUCGGGUGCCCCUCUGCCUGGAGGUGUGUAUUUUAGCUCAUCAAUUGACACAGAACUUGGAUGUAGCUCCCUUUAAGCCACACCUACAAGCUGAAUGUCACGAUAAGGUGGAUUUCUAUUGAACAGGGUGGGAGAAGACUCAGGGACAAGAUUCCUCACAUAAACGUAGAACGGAGGGCAGCAUGGUUGCACUUCUGCGCAGCAGAACUGUUCAGCACAAGAAUGUAAAUGGGUGGAUACAGGGUAUUAUGUCAAACCAGUGCUUUGUGACCUAUUCAAACCCAGUCUGUUGGGAAUCUAAAGGAAAACAGCCACUUUGGUUGGAUUGAUCCUUUUUCUGGCAUCUCGCAUUCUGAAGUAAUGCAGAGAAAGGCAAAUAAGCAAACCGUGACCUACAUUGUGGUAUUACCUUCUAAAAUAAUGCAAAAUGAAAUCAGAGAUUGUACUGCUCCUGCUUUGGGACAGUGGUGUACUGAAUGUGGCCAAAAGUAUACGGACUGGCUGAAUAAUGAGCAUCAGACAACAGACUUUUUUCACCCACAGCACUGUUACAAAACACUGGAAGGAACUCACACAGCAGAAAGACAAGGGAUGUGUGUCAGCUCUACAGUUCUAGACUUGACCAUAUUUUCCGACUCCUAGACCAUCCCAAAACCCCCCGCGCCCUUCCAAACAGAGGAACACAGAAUGGUCUGGAAACCGGUUUUUAUAGUCUGGACUGUUCCUUUGCAAAUUACUACGGUCUACUGUUUCUUCUUAGUGCUGUGAAUCUGCCUUACUGUGACCUUCAAUAGGUUUAUGUGCCUUCAUCUAGAAACAUUAGAGCACCUGUUUGUGGGUGUGUGGGAGUGAGUGUGUCUAUGAGUGAAUGUCAUAUCAUGAUGACAGGCCAGUUGCUUGCUCCGCUGGUGAUAGAGAUUUUGCAUUGGUUUCAUUUGAUUUAAUGAUGUGAAAUAAAAAUGAUUUAUUCACUUUAAAUGUUGCAGCUCAGCUUUUUACAGUUUAUGUUGCUAAUAGACACAUUUUUUGGCAGGCCCCAGUAUAGAUGUGUAAAAAGCCUUAAAAUAAAUUCUGAUUUUGUUGUGUUAGCAUAAUCUCAUCUAGAACAUUUAAGAAAUAUUACUCCCUGUACAAGGGAAAAAAUCUAAUGUUAAGAAAUAAUGGCUUUUACUGGUUCCAUAUUAUUGAUGAGCCUGACACUGAUAUUUUGUACACCCCUUUUUGCCAAUCGAACCGCACUUUGUCUUCUCCUAUAACAUUUCACAAGCUUGGAGAAUGCAGAGAGGGCUGUUUGGUCAUUCCACUCUGUAAAAUCUCUGUUGCUAGUCCAGACUCCAGGCCCCUCUCUUAUGCUGCCUUUUCUUCAGCUGGUUCCUGUGGUUUUCCAUUAGUUUUAGGUCUAGGGACUGAGAUGACAAUAGACUAAGGUCGAUUUUGCUUUUCUCUGGUGAACCUUUUCUGAGUCAAUUUGCCCAGAUGUUUUGUCUCUUUAACCUGCCAAAGCUAUGAAACCAUUUACAGUUUUCAGAUUUGUUUUAAGUCCUGGUAUUAUAAGAGUUAACAAUGUCAUGAACUCUGGGCAAGAAUCCCAUAAGAGAAACAGGCCCACAGCAUAAGAGAUCCCUCACUGUACUUAACAGUGAACAAUAAGUACUUUUCCAAACUUCUUCCUUUAUUUUUACACCAAACCCUGCUGAAGGCUUUGUGGAGAAAAUCAUUAUCUGAGUCACAUGGUUGCAGUUAAAGUCCCAAAAGAGUUGAGCGGUUGUGAUGGUAGGACAUAAAAGGCUUUUUCAAUUUAAUUCAAUUCAAAAAUACUUUAUUAAUCCCAAAGGAAGAUUAAAUGUUGUUGUAGCUCAUAUUAUAAAGGUAUUAUAUUAUAGGUGUGAUAAUAUAUAUUUUUCUUGGUGUGCCUCCCAAAAAUGGCAUAUAGAAAACUUCUGGUGGCUUUUAUGGUGACCUGAUGCCCCCAAGAUGUUUUUGUCAUAGUUUUCUUAUUGUGAGCGUUGGAGAUGUUUUUUUCUUGUUUUUUCACCAUCCUGUCUGCUGUAUGUGGUGAGAAGAAGAUAAACAUGGGCCCUGAUCCAGCCUAUUGCCUAGUGGCCACUGUGUCAUCUUAUAUUUAUACUGAAGGAAACCAGGAAGCCACUGAUUACUAAUUAAACGUUUCUAGAAACCUUGACCAACUUGAAAAGUAAAAUAUAAUUGAACAAAUGCUGUAGUUUGAUUACUUUCACAGGGAUUGUUUUGGGUAUCAAUAACUAUGCGACAGGAGAUUUAUUUCUAUCAGACGUUUAAAUUUUAAAGUUUUAAAUAUCCUGAAAUUAAAGGCAGGAUUUGACAAAAGCUUUUAGUAAGGAGUUAUGCUAAUUCAGCAUAACAUGGAUGUUUAUGUCACAUUUUGUAUAAUCUGAUCAGUUUUCCAUAAAAACUUUCCAUCAGGUCUAUAAAUGUUUGUCCAAUAAGCAGAGAGUGAUAAAAUAUUUAGUUUUAAGUAUGGUCUUCAUGAGAUCACAGGCUCAAAGGUCAUAAAAGUGUGUGUUCAGUAAAUGUACUCAGGAAUGCUAUUGUUAUUACACCAUUACAGCAUUUGUCACCCAUGUGACAUCCUUAUCUUUAAAUAUUUGCAGCAGAAAAAACUGUCUGCUGGUUACUGGCCUGAGUGAAUGAAACAAGGGUUACUUAACUGUAAAUCUCUUUUCUCUACAUUUUCUGUUGUAUUAAUUCAGUUCAAUUGGAAAAUGCUUUAUUCAUCCCAAAGAGAAAUGAAAUAUCUGAACGUUCUUUGAGAUGUGAUGAAGGUGGGAGGGAUUUACAAAGUUAUCUAGUGAAUUGCUUAAAAAAGCCUUUUUGUCAAACAAAUUUAUGGAUUUUAAUAUGGCUGGAAAAAACUUUCACUUUAUGCCACCUCUCAUUUAUGAUAUUUUGUCGCUGUUUUUAUCACAGUUCAUUUAUUUGGUUUUUAAUUCCUUACUAUGAAGUUAAAGUGUUGACAUCAUAUAAAAGGUUCUUUAAAUGAGGUGUUGUUAAAGUUUAACCUACCAUUUUUCCAACCUUUUUGGCGUCAUACUAAAAGCACCUUGUAGUUCAGGGUCACAUGUAGAUAUCUGGGUUGUGGAAAGCUCCACCAAAUUUGGUUUAUUUUUGACAGGAUUUUUAUAAAAAGAAAAAAAAGAAAAUGAGUCGGAAGCAUUCUUAUCUUUUUAUCUGUAAAGAUGUACAGUAUAUACAUAUAAAAAUAACACAUUGAGUGAGAUAAACUGUAUGUGUAAUGAUUACUAAUUGUGUUUCAAUGGAUUGUAAAAUAGUAUUUAUGGGAGUGCUUCAACAUUUUUGAGAUUGGAGUUGUUUUAAUAUGAUGACAAUCUGCACCACUCUGACUAUGGAUUAAUUUUAGCCUGUUCAGCAAACUAUUUGUUUUUUUAUUUCUCAAAAUUCAAGUUGUUACUUACUGCAGGUAAGAUAGUGACUUCUCAUGACCUUCUCCUGAAAAUCUGACAGCCUUUAAAAUGUUCAUUCUAACCUUUUGAAAUGAAAUUAUGAAAUCUAAUAUUGCUUAUCUAUUAAAGUGUUAGAUUAAGAACUUCAGCACUAUAUUUACAUGAAUGUUUUGCAGGUAGCGCAAGAUAUGACUUCUAUUAUUAACUACGUGUUUAAUUGUGCUACUGACAAUGAAUUACACUUAUCACUAAUAACAAAUUGUCCUUAGGUGUAUGAAUGAGUGUGUGCAUGGUUGUUUGUGUGUUGCCCUGUGAUGGACUGGCGACCUGUCCAGGGUGUACCCCACCUCUUGCCCAUAGACUGCUGGAGAUAGGCACCAGCUCCCCCGCGACCCACUAUGGAAUAAGCGGUAGAAAAUGACUGACUGACUAAUAACAAACAUAAAUUAUCUUUUCUUUAUUGACUGAAUCAAAGCAAGGACUAGAUCUUUGCAUAAAAUAAUUAGACAUAAGAUCUCUCCCACUGUUGUGCAAGCAGCAGUGAAUUGAUAAAAUCUAAACCCUGUGGAUGAUUAUAGCCAUUAAUUUUGUAUUGCUUUCUUUAUUUCUGCUUUGUUCUGUUGCACAAAAAUAAUUACACUUCUGUAAGUCCUCAUGAGAGCUUCCAGAUGUCUUGUAACAUAGUGCAAGUUGAUGAUGUGGCAGAAUGAUGGACCUUAACUUUGCUGAUUAUCAGGCAUAAGCUUUAUUACUUGUAGUUUUCUUACCUAGCAAGCUCUGUCCUUGAUGUUUUAGUGAUAAGACCACCUGAUAUAAUAGGCAUGUUAUGACUUUAAUCAUCAAAAGUUAUGUGAUAAAUAUAAAUAUGGAUUUCUAUGAACUUAACCUCUUUGAUCACCCAUGGAGUCUUGUGAGGAUGGAUACAAGAAUGGUUACUGACUCUGCCAUAUCAGAAUGUUUUAUAAUCACCAUUAAUGAUUAAAAAGCUGUUAAGUUUAAUUAUUUACUUUAAACUGAUUCAAAACUGCACUUUUCUAUGAGCUAAUGCAUAUUGUUCUUGGACUCCUGCUAUAAGGUGUUUGCCUUUAAAAUUAAUAUUACGUUUUUCAUUAAAGACUUUAGAGUAAAUAAUUACAGAGAGUUUAUUCAUUUUCUGAUAUAUGCAGCCUUAGAAUGACACCUGGUACUUUCACAAAGUUUGCAAAGCCCUUAAAAGCCUUGCAAACAGAGUAGGUCCAGUUUAGCUGAAGUGUAUGACUUAAUAUGUUGCACAAAAUCUUCUCCUCUGAGUUGCAGUGGGGAAUAUUAGCUAGGAGAUAUGUUAUGGCAUUUGCCUAGAUCUUCAAUACGGAGUGGCAAAGAUAAUAUGCCUCAUGAUACUGGUAAUACCAUUUGAACUUGUUUUGUCAUGUUACAGCUACAGACUUAAUUGGAUUUAAUUGGGAUUUUGUAUGACAAACCAACAAAAAG